AUGGAAGCGGAUCCACAAACAAAACCCACAGCUCUGAGGCCUCUAGCUCUUCCCCGCCCACCUUUCCUCGCUCAGGCUUUCCCUCCUCCCAAUUCCUGGGCUUUCCCCGCCCCCGUCAACGUCUGGGCACGUCCCCCCCUCGCGGCGCGGGCCACGCACUGUAGUGCUCUUAACCUCUGCCCGCCCGGCGCGGAGUUAGAGGCCGGGGCUGCGCGGGUGGCGCGCACUGCUGGUGGCGGGAGCCCGGGCCUGCAGUCCCGCCGGGCGGAGGAUGACUUGCUACCGAGGCUUCCUGCUAGGCAGCUGUCGNNNNGCGGUGACGGCGGCGGCCGGCGACACUUGGGGCAGGGGCAGCCGCGCGAGCUGGCGGGCUGUGGCAGCCGCCCCGAAGGCGGCUUCCGCCCCUCGCGGGUGGUGCUGGUGGCCAAAACCACCCGGUACGAGUUCGAGCAGCAGCGGUACCGUUACGCGGAGCUCUCGGAGGAGGACCUGAAGCAGCUGCUUGCAUUGAAAGGCUCUAGCUACAGUGGACUGCUUGAACGGCAUCAUAUUCACACCAAAAAUGUAGAGCAUAUUCUAGAUAGUUUACGGAAUGAGGGGAUUGAGGUUCGUCUAGUAAAGAGGAGAGAAUAUGAUGAAGAAAUUGUUCGAUGGGCAGAUGCGGUCAUAGCUGCAGGAGGUGAUGGCACAAUGCUUCUGGCAGCAAGUAAAGUCCUGGACAGACUUAAACCAGUUAUCGGAGUAAACACUGAUCCAGAACGGUCUGAGGGUCAUCUAUGUCUUCCUGUUCGAUACACACAUUCCUUUCCAGAAGCCUUACAGAAGUUCUAUCGUGGUGAGUUCAGGUGGUUAUGGAGGCAGCGAAUCAGGCUGUACCUUGAAGGGACCGGCAUAAACCCUGUUCCCGUGGACCUUCACGAACAGCAGCUGAGUUUGAAUCAGCAGAGCAGAGCCUUCAACAUUGAAAGAGUUCAUGAGGAAAGACGUGAGGCUUCAGGACCGCAGCUUUUGCCAGUGAGGGCACUAAAUGAAGUCUUCAUUGGGGAGAGUCUAUCAUCCAGAAUGUCUUAUUCUUGGGCUGUAGCAGUGGAGAAUUUAAGAAGAAGUAUACCCACUCUAAAGGGACUGGCUUCCUACUAUGAGAUUUCAGUUGAUGAUGGCCCAUGGGAAAAACAGAAGAGUUCAGGGCUCAAUUUGUGUACUGGAACAGGAUCAAAGGCCUGGUCAUUCAAUAUUAACAGGGUUGCAACACAGGCUGUGGAAGAUGUUUUAAAUAUUGCAAAACGACAAGGAAAUUUAAGUCUUCCACUGAACAGAGAAUUGGUAGAGAAAGUAACAAAUGAAUACAACGAAUCGCUGCUCUAUAGUCCAGAAGAACCAAAAAUACUUUUCAGUAUUCGAGAACCAAUAGCAAACAGAGUUUUCUCCAGCAGCCGUCAGCGCUGCUUCACGUCCAAGGUAUGUGUUCGAUCUCGUUGUUGGGAUGCCUGCAUGGUUGUGGAUGGAGGUACUUCUUUUGAGUUUAAUGAUGGAGCAAUUGCUUCGAUGAUGAUCAAUAAAGAAGAUGAGCUUCGAACUGUGAUUCUAGAAUAAUGAAAGAUUUCUUCAGAUGACAAAUUUUGAUUACUGGGAAAAUAUGUUCACUGCAGAAACAGACUACCAGUCAUAAAGCUACAUAUUUUGGUUAUUAUGGAGACUAGAUGGCCCUGAGCUCUAAAGGUGACCAAGAAAGUGAGAUUUUCAUUCUUCUUCUUUUGGAUUUGGAUAAAAAAGAUGUUUACUGUGUUAGAAAAUGGAUGGACUAAAUUGAUCAGAAUUGAUACCAGUGAAAUUUAUACAUUGCUUACAGUUGAUAUCCAAGAAUACUGAUAUCUUUUUAAAUUUAGAGAGGUAGGCACAAAUAAAGGAUUAAAUGUUUAGGAUUUGAAGCUUCACUGUACAAGAUAUUUUUUUUUCCCCUUCCCUUUCCUAACUUUAUGGAAUUGGUCAGACCAACACAUAUCAUUUGAUUAGGGUAUAUUUUUAUAUAGUACCUAAAAAUAGAUUUUUAAAAAAUUUUAAUGGAGAAUUUUGAUAAAUUCUGACAUUGACCUAAUUGAAGUAGGCACAUGUGUUUUUUAUAUGUGCUUAGAAUUUUCUAAUUUCAGAGGACAGUAUUGUUAUGGCUCUAUUGAUUUAAGAAGUUCAACAAUCAUUUUUGAAAUUAUCGAUGUUUUCAUUUAAUUGACAUUCAGGUUAAUUUUGACAGUUCUGGGUGAAAUACAUAUAUCUGGACAAAAUCAUGAUACUGUUGCAAAUGUAUUAAUUAUCCAGUAGCUAUUUGGGGGUAUAGACAGUUAUUUUUUUUUUUAAUGCUUUUGAGUCUUAAUAAAUCCUUUCCAUAUUUAAAACUCUAACAUGGAAUGUGAGACUAAAAGGAUGAGUUGAUUAGACAUAUUCUAUUAGGAGUUGGAAAUAUUUUAAAAAGGUUUUAUCAAUCUAGUAUAAUGAGGUUUGUCAGAAAAUGGAUUCUUUAAUAAAUACGCAAAACACAGUUGGAAUUGCCUUGCUUUUAAUAUCAUGGUAGUUUUCACUUAGCUCAUAUUCCUUAUUAGCUUUGGGAGAUAAAAUGUUAUGGCUUUUCUUCCUCCCUCUCUCCCUCCCCACUAUGAGAUUUCCUUUAGUUUGAGAGGAAAUUAUCUAAUUAUCAGUCUUUUUAUAAGGAAUCCUAGAAUUUUCACAAAAACCACCUAUUGAUGCAUCAUGAGACAACUAGUAUUCUCAUGCCAUUUAGUCAAAGUUGUAUCUGUUUUUUUCCCUUGCUGCUAAAAAGUUCAACAUUGAAAUAUUUAUUGAACACAUACCUUAUGCCAUGUACUGUGUCAGUCACUGGAUCUCUGUUGAUGAAUGGAACAGACUAUCCUUACAGAACUUGAGACAAGUGAGCUCAGCUUCAGCAAGAGCUGGGAUGUUUAACCGAAUUGAGUGCUAUUAGUUUUGCUGGCAUUUAAUACGCUCUUGUCAGAUUUUUAAAUAAUUGUUACUAUACAAAGGUAAUCUAGGUUUUGAUGUAUAUUCAGAACAAGAAUCUGUUUUUCUUUUCUAAGAGCAUCUGCAUAAACCCUCAAAGCAGUGUUUACAUGAUGUGUACAAUGAAAAUUAGUGUUUUCCCAGAGCUGGAUCUUCUGGCUUGAUUUAAAAAUGAUGUACUGAAGAUAACACUUCAAAAAGAAGUGAAAUUCCACACCAUAAAAACUCCUCUAAGAAGUUUAAAAUAUCUUCUUGACAAAAAUGCCAACUCUGUCCAAAAUGGUACAUAGAUCUGUUAAUAUGUAACAUAAUAGGCAACCUGCUCUGUAAAAUUGUUCAUAAACCAUAUUUUAAAGGUUUAAAAAAAUAGUUAAUGUGCCACAUUUGCAGUAUAACUUCUAACAUUUCUGCUAUGUGUAGGGGAUUCAUUAUGGGAUAAGAGGCAAAGGAUAUUGCAGUAGAAGAGAUGUUUAUGAAUGAGCUAACCUUUUAAUGGCAACUGUGUGAAUAAACAUAAUUAAACUAGUA